AUGGUUACAGAUCUGGCUGAUUUUGCUGCCAAAAGAUCAGCUGAAAAGAGCCCUGUGUCUGGUGGAAAUCCACCAAGUCCGACUCUCAGUUUUGAACAAUGGGUGGAUCACCAAAAUCAUCAACCACCAAGUCCGGAUUUGUUCUCGGAUGCAGCCGUGGACGAAGAAUUCUGGACCUCCCACCAAUACAACCCCGCAGAAGCAGACACAAUACCAGUAGUUCAAACACCGCCUACACAAUAUCGACCAUCUCCAUUGGAUUUAUCAAAUGUGUGGCACUCUAAACGGAGACAAUUGUUUAGCCCGGAACCCUCCAUCACAGACAACAACAAGCUGUGGACCUUUGUGUACCGAGGUCAACCACCUCGGUUUGAACGGGGAACAAGGGCAAACUGCCUAUAUGUGGAUCAUGGGGAUCAUUACCACUUUGUGUUUGAAUGCUGCCCCCAAAACAAAACGAGGACCAUUCAACGGCUAAUUGAGAGCGGGAAUCUUGAUAGACGACAAUCCAUGUCCAUUAUGGCAACUGUGCAACCAGUGAUCAACUGGAACCAUUUUGCGGCAUACUUGGUCCGGGCCGCUCAAACGCCAAUUAUCUGUAUUGGCAAGAAAUUGGAACAUUUAAGAGACGAUUUGUAUAUGGUACCACGAGAAAGGAAAGAUUGUGCUACCCUAUUAAGAGACGACAGAGGAUCCAAACAAAAGCACAAUAAUAUCAAUCGCAAAAGAAGGCGCGAACUUAUGAAAGGACUGAUUGAAGCCUAUGAUGCCCGAAGCUACAAUGAAUUUUACAUGGCUAUGUCCUGUGACGACCGGGAUGAUAUUUACGAUGAAUACGGGCCACAAUGGAAAGAGACGGCUGAACACUCGAUCAACAACUAUAUCGCCGGCAUGUUAUCCAAACAGCUUGCCAUGCGGUUCGAGGAGAUACUCAUGACUAAUUAUCAUAACCGCCAAUGUCAGCACCCAGCACACACUUUGGAAGGAGAGCACUGGUUAGAUCAACUUAUGGCAGCCAACAAGAUCAACAAACAACAAUUCCUAACUGACUUGACACUGGUCAUGAACAAAGUAUGCACGAGGAAGAAUGCCUUUGUCAUCGAGGGGCCCACUACCACUGGUAAAACACUGUUUGUGAAACUCAUUGCUGAAAAUUACAUCUACGGCACAGUGCAGAGAUCAGGAGAUCACUCGCAAUUUUUCCUGAUGAACUUGUUAAACAAAGCGCUCGCUUUGAUGGAAGAACCUCGGAUUACCCAAUUAACAGUCAACGAUUUUAAGGAAUUACUCGGAGGAAACCCUUUUGACAUUCACGUGAAGCACCAAAAAGAUGAACGACUGCAAAGACUACCCGUGCUUAUUACUACUAAUAACAACUUGGUGUACUAUGUCCUGGACCCUGACGGGAAAGCUAUUUUAGAACGGUGUUUUUAUUACAAAUUUUUGAUUAAAGUAGGGAGUGAGGAACUCCCCGAACCCCCUUGUCAUUUAUGUACUUGCCAUUUUCGCAACUGGUAUUUUAAAAAUAUUUGA